CCCCCCCCCCUCAGCCUGAACUGCUUUAAAGCUUAUUUCUUAGCCAUGCGUUUAGACCACUAGCAAACUCCGGCAACCGAAAUAGCUUUUUUUCCUUGGAGAGGAGAGGGGGAAAGAGAGAGAGAGAACCCCACCAGAAAACACCCUUCUGCCGCUCCUCCUCCUGCCUGGAGCCGAGGUCUCCCCACACCCCACCGAGCUUCCUCUCCCUUAACAAUGUUUUCUUACUCCGUGCAACAACUUUUCCCCCUGGAGUUGCUCACAUGGUGAAAGAGAGCCUUGGAAGGCGGCUGAUGCGAGAGAGGAGCUAAAGCUCUUUCCGCCCCCCUUUUUUGUUUUCUUUUCAGGAUAAAAGGGAAGAAGGAGCCACACUCCAGGAGCGGCGGAAUUGCAGACAAUCUUUUUUUUUCCCACCUCCUUUGCAAAACUUUGUGCGUUUCUUUUGUCUGCAACGAGGGUCUGCGGAGUUCGCGUGGCUGCAGGGAGUUUCUUGGAAAUGGCUUGGAUCAGGUGGGGUUUUCUGCUGUCCGCCUGUGUCUUUUUGUCCCCGGCCCUCGACGCUUCCGAGAAGGCGAAUCGGAGGACGAUCACCUAUGUGCUGCCGGGCACGUCGGGCAGCCGCCAGCAGAGCGGCGGGCAGCAGCACCAGCACCAGCGCGCGUUCAGUGUGGAGGUGCUGAACACGCGUUACAGCAGCACGCGGCGGAGCAGCAGCAGCAGCAGCAGCACCUUGGAGCGGACUCGCCGGAUGAGCAAAGCGAGCGGCCCCAGCGUGCAGCUCCGCUUGGGCCCCACCGUGCAACUCCAGCACAAGCCUGGCAGCAGCAGCAACAGCGUCCCGGCGGCAGCCGCCGCUUCUUCCACUUUCAGCAAAGCGGGCAAGCUCGUCGCGCGCUCCAAGCUGCAGCAGCGCCAGAGCAACAGCACCUCCAGCGUGCAGGUUCACUCCAAGCCCCAUCUGCAGCAGCUGCAGGGGGUGAAUGUCUGUGGAGGGCAGUGCUGUCACGGCUGGAGCAAAGCUCCUGGCUCUCAGAGGUGCACCAAACCUAACUGUUCACCACCAUGCCAAAAUGGAGGGAUGUGUCUGCGACCACAGCUUUGUGUGUGCAAACCUGGGACAAAAGGCAGCACUUGUGAGGAUGCUAGUAAGCAAGAAACUGCUUCUCCUGGAGGACCAGGCCCUGUGACUCCACCAUGGCCUAUUCCUCAGCGGUCUGUUCAGCAGACAUUUUCAAAGAAGGUUCAGGUCCAACAAAAGGUCAAUCCCAUGGCUCAGAUGACCUUUACACUAAAGCAGAAACCCUCCGGAUUACCACAGCAGAUGCAAUCACAAUUGAUGCCCCUUUCUUCCCAGACUUUGAUGAUGAAUGUGCAUCAUGGCCAAAAACAGGAAUAUGUUAUCAAGCCCAAGUACUCCACAACAAAGAAAGUGAUUUCAGGAGAACAGUCUACAGAGAGUUCAUUGCCUUUAAGGAUAAACCAGGAUCAACUUGCCUCAUCUUUUCAGUUGGGAAAUCACACGGGACGCAUCAAGGUGGUCUUUACACCCAGCAUCUGUAAAGUGACUUGUAAAAAAGGCACCUGUCAGAACAGCUGCGAGAAAGGAAACACCACGACUCUGAUUAGUGAAAAUGGGCAUGCUGCUGACACCUUGACAGCACCCAACUUCCGAGUAGUUAUUUGCCACCUUCCUUGCAUGAAUGGAGGCCAGUGUAGUUCAAGAGAUAAGUGCCAAUGCCCUCCUAAUUACACUGGUAAACUUUGUCAGAUCCCAGUGCAGAGUGGCAGCGCUCCAAAAUUUUAUCGUAAUCCUCAGCAAGCAAACAAGGCCGUGGGAUCGCAUGUCAUCCAUUCCACGCAUACUUUACCAUUGACUAUGCCUGGGCAGCAAGGAGUAAAAGUGAAAUUUCCUCCUAACAUUGUGAACAUCCAUGUGAAACAUCCCCCCGAAGCUUCAGUGCACUUUCACCAGGUUUCAAGGAUUGAUAGCACAUCAACAGGACACAAGGCAAAGCCAUCCCAAUCAGGACAUUCUCAGGUUUCUUAUCAAAGUCUACCAUUUCAGAAUACCCAGAAAGUGCAUUCACCCUACUCUCACCAGCAUCCUGUUUCUCAUGUGUACCCUAUUUCUGCUAAAACCCAGCUUGGACGAUGCUUUCAGGAGACUAUAGGGACACAGUGUGGUAAAGCACUCCCUGGUCUCUCAAAGCAAGAAGAUUGCUGUGGGACUGUGGGUACUUCCUGGGGCUUUAACAAAUGCCAAAAAUGUCCAAAGAAACCAGCUUACCCUGGAUAUAGCCAAGUGGUGGAUUGUCCACAAGGUUACAAAAGAAUUAAUGCUACUUUUUGUCAAGACAUUAAUGAAUGCCAGCUCCAAGGGGUGUGCCCAAAUGGUGAGUGUUUGAAUACCAUGGGCAGCUAUAGGUGUGCCUGCAAAAUUGGAUUCGUGCCAGACCCUACGCUUUCCAGAUGCAUCCCUGAUAAUUCCAUGGUCACUGAAGAGAAAGGGCCCUGCUACCGGUUUGUCAGUGCAGGAAAGCAGUGUAUGCACCCUCUCUCUGUUCAGCUCAGCAAGCAGCUCUGCUGUUGCAGUGUUGGCAAGGCCUGGGGCCCCCACUGUGAGAAAUGUCCCCUUCCAGGAACAGCUGCUUUUAAGGAAAUCUGCCCUGGUGGAAUGGGCUAUACGGUUUCUGGCUCUCACAGAAACAAGCUUUAUCAUCACCCUGCAGUUAGAGUUCAGCCACCUGUCAUUGGCAAGACCCAGAUUACUCAUCAUGUUGCUAAAGGUACUUCUCCACCUCUCCCAGCAAAGGAAGAGCCGGUGGAGGCACUGACCAUCUCACAGAAAAGUGAGCCCGAGGUGGCUGUGCGAGAAGUGGGAACUGCAGCCCCAGAUCAGGAAUUAGUUUCACUUGAUGACCGAGACAAACCUGGUCAACCUCAGCUUUCUCCUGGGAUUUCAACUAUUAACCUACAUCCACAAUUUCCAGUAGUAGUUGAAAAAACCUCUCCUCCUGUGCCUGUAGAAGUUGGCCCAGAUGUGUCUACUUCAAGUGCUAGUCAAGUAAUAGCACCGACUCAAGUUACAGAAAUCAACGAGUGUACAGUGAACCCAGAUAUUUGUGGAGCAGGACAUUGUGUUAAUUUGCCUGUGGGAUACACCUGUUUCUGCAAUGAUGGAUACAAGCUUAAUGAUCAACAAACAAAAUGUUCUGAUAUUAAUGAAUGUACUCAGGCUCCCCAUCUCUGCUCCCUUGGGCGUUGUGAAAAUACAGAAGGAAGCUUCCUAUGCAUUUGCCAGGCAGGGUUCAUGGCCAGUGAACAAGGAACAGACUGUGUUGAUGUUGAUGAAUGUUCUGGAUCUCACACCUGUGGGGAAGGACGCUGUAUAAAUACCAUUGGCUCAUACAUAUGUGCUUGUGACACUGGAUUCCGUAUGAACAGGAGAGGCCAGUGUGAAGAUAUUGAUGAAUGCACAAUUCCACACACAUGUUCAGAUGCAGAGUGCAUUAACAGUCCUGGUUCUUACCAAUGUGUCCCUUGCAGAGAUGGAUUCAGAGGCUGGAACGGGAAAUGCUAUGAUAUAAAUGAAUGUCAGUAUAGCAGCCUCUGCACAAAUGGCCAGUGUGAAAACUUGGAAGGCUCUUUCAGAUGUCUUUGUAGCCAAGGUUAUCAACUGUCCCCUGCUGGAGAUCAGUGUGAAGAUGUAGAUGAAUGUGAGCAGCAGCAGCUUUGCACAAAUGGUCAAUGCAGAAACAUCGCUGGAUCAUACAGAUGCAUUUGUGGCCAAGGCUACAAGCUGUCACCUACAAAAGACCAUUGUGAAGAUAUUGAUGAAUGCCAAGAAGACAGUGAUGUUUGCCGUGGAGGGAACUGCAUUAAUACCAAAGGUUCUUAUGAGUGCACUUGCCCAGAUGGCUUCCAGCUGCUUCCCUCCAGGGGUUGUCAAGAUAUCAAUGAAUGUGCAGCAUCCAAUCUCUGUUUACCUCAUGGGCAAUGCCUCAAUACAUUGGGCUCUUUCCAGUGCGUUUGUGAGCAGGGUUUUACUAUUUCUAGAGAUGGCCAAACAUGUGAAGAUGUGGAUGAAUGCGCCAACAGCACUGUGUGUGGAACUCAUGGGUUCUGCGACAAUUCACCCGGGUCCUUCCGCUGCCUUUGUUAUCAGGGUUAUCAGUAUCUACAGGAUGGACAAGAGUGUGUGGAUGUGAAUGAAUGUGAAAUGCUGAGUGGAGUAUGCGGGGAAGCCCUCUGUGAAAAUGUGGAAGGCUCCUUCCUAUGUCUGUGUUCGGAUGAAAACCAGGAGUAUGACCCAAUGACCGGACAGUGUCGCUUCCGUUCCUCCCCAGAUUUACCGGUAGAUACGAAAGAAAUGGCAGAUGAAAAGAAGGAAUGCUACUACAAUCUAAAUGAUGCAAAUUUUUGCGAUAAUGUACUAACAUCCAAUGUUACGAAACAAGAAUGCUGCUGUACUUUGGGUGCCGGCUGGGGUGAUAACUGUGAAAUAUUCCCAUGUCCUGUGCUUGGAAGUCCUGAGUUUACUGAGCUGUGCCCUGAAGGGAAAGGGUACAUACCCUCUGAAGAUUUAUCUUAUGGAGCUGUUUCGCAGAACUACAAAGAUGCUGAUGAAUGUCAGCUCUUUGGGCAAGAAAUAUGUAAGAACGGCUUCUGUUUAAACACACAGCCAGGCUAUGAGUGUUACUGCAAACAAGGCACAUACUAUGAUCCUGUAAAACUCCAGUGCUUUGAUACGGAUGAAUGUCAAGACCCCAACAGUUGCAUCGAUGGCCAGUGCGUCAACACUGAAGGAUCUUACAGCUGUUUCUGUACACACCCAAUGGUUCUGGAUUCCACAGAAAAGCGAUGCAUCAGACCAGCAGAGUCUAGUGAACAAACUGAAGAAACGGAUGUCUACCAGGAUCUUUGCUGGCAACAUCUGAGUGAUGAUUUCGUUUGUAGCCGGCCUCUUGUUGGAAAGCAAACCACUUACACGGAGUGCUGUUGUUUAUACGGGGAGGCGUGGGGCAUGCAGUGUGCCCUGUGCCCCAUGAAGGACUCAGACGAUUAUGCCCAAUUGUGCAACAUUCCAGUGCCAGGAUCUCGGAGGCCGUACGGGCAAGAUGCAUUGACUGACUUUGAGGAGGAACAGUAUACUCCGGAAACUGAUCCAUACUUUGCGGAAGACCGUUUCCGGAACAGCUUUGAGGAGUUACAGGCAGAAGAAUGUGGCAUUCUGAAUGGAUGUGAAAAUGGACGCUGCGUGAGGGUGCAGGAAGGAUAUACCUGUGACUGUUUUGAUGGUUACCAUUUGGACAUGGCCAAAAUGACAUGUGUUGAUGUGAAUGAAUGCAACGAACUGAACAAUAGGAUGUCUCUCUGCAAGAAUGCCAAGUGCAUUAACACAGAAGGAUCGUACAAGUGUUUGUGUCUCCCAGGCUACGUCCCAUCGGACCAAGCCAAUUACUGCACACCCCUGAACUCAGACACAGAGAGUGAACUGGAGUAAGAGAAGAAGAAGCUGCCAUGUAACUUUAAGCCCAUAUACUCUGCACUGUAAAAAGAAAAGAAAAGAAGCGUAUUUAACUUGAGUUAAGGACGCUCCUCAUCCAGAUGUUGGCUGUGUGUGGAAAACAAGCAAUAAAACGUGUCUUCUUAAAAGUGAAAGGUGAUGGUUCAAUAUACAUCAUCUUCACUAAAGCAACAGACCAAAUGGACACAUUUCCUUGUAUGGAAGAAGCAAUUAAGUAUAUAGUGUGUUCAUAAAUAAAAUUCACAGGAAAAAGCAAAAUAUGCUGUUAUUUUGAACAGAAGGGUGGUAUUGUGUUGUUGUUGUUUUACUAUUGCUUGGUUUAUUUGUCAUUUAACUAGUUGUGAAAAUAUUUUAUAGGCCCGAUUUUAUUUAGCAGUUCUUUGCCUACUGUUCCUUUGGAAGCUUUCCCCUUUUGAUCCAGUAUUGCAAUAUAAGCAAUUUUCUAACGGUUAUACACAAAAUAAUGCUCGUCUUUGUCUGGAACAUUGGCCAGUGACUUUUAAAAUUACUAUAAAUGUCUGCCCUGUGGAGCAGACACUGUUUUUUAAAAAAUAAUGUACACUUCAUGGAGAUAAAUCCAUUGUAUUCAUUUUGUAUUCCAUGUGGCCUUUUACUGCACUUAACAUGCCUUAGAACCUGCCUUGCCAAGUUUCAAAGCUGCUAGAGGACGACCAUUGAAUAUCUUUUGUACUCUGUAACAAAAGAUCUAAGCUCCUGUUUGUAUUGUAAUGUGUAAAUUAAACACAGAUCUUGUAUUGGUUACCCUAACAUAUUAAAGCUGUAUAUUAAAACUCAAUAAAA